UGAAAACACAGAAGCUUGCUCACUCUUUCAGUCGAUUCUAAUAAAGGCAUUGCCCUACUGACUGUGUCCUAAUGUAGAUCAGGGGUAUGUUCACAUUACCUUUUACUCUGCAUCCGGUGAGUUCCUACUGCUAGAUUUUGAAGUCAUAUUCACACGACAUUAGCCAUAUUGAUCCUAAAUUCAACUACAAAAUUGGAUGCGGAUUAAGCAGUGAAUGUAUCCUACCAUGACAGCUUCAUGAAUACAAGUUCUGGGGGUUGUGCAGUUGCAGGGGCAGGGAAACCAAAAAGGUCACGUGCGGAGGAUGAAGAAACCCCUGCCCCUUCUCUGAUGUGAUCAAUACCAUGCAAAUGCGGCUUGAAAUGCAGCAGGGGGGAAUUGACCUUGCUGUGUUUUAGGCCUCUAAUGCAAACAGACUCCACAUCUGCCUAACCGGCGGCCACCCAGAUGUUGUUGGACUACAACCCCCAUCAUCCCUGAUGCUUGCCCAUGCUGGCUAGGUCUGAUGGAAGUUGCAGUCCACAUCACUGUUUAGGGAAGCUUUUGAUCUUUAAGAAAUUAGUGUAUUCUAAUAUUCUGGGGAAACCCAGCCAGAUGGGUGGGGUAUAAAUAAUAAAUUAUUAUUAUUAUUAUUAUUAUUAUUAUUAUUAUUAUUAUUAUUAUUAUUAUUCUUGGAGAGCCACAGGUCAGACCCCUACCCCCGCCCCGGUUUAGGUGUUGAAACAGCAACCUGGGCUACUCUUAAAACUAACAUAUUUACCCACAUCAUUUUAACACAGGGCUGGGGAGCCUGUGGUGCUCUCCAGAUCAUAGAAUUGCAGACUUGGAAGGGACCACGGAGGUCAUCUAGUCCAACCCCAUGUAAGGAAUCCUUUUGCCCAACGUGGGGCUCGAACCCACAACCUUGAGAUGAAGAGUCUCGUGCUCUUACCAAUUGAGCUAUCCCAUUCCAUAUAUUGUUGAACUCCAGGGUUUCUGGCAAGGAGUCGGAAGAUGUCAGGGAUUUGAACUGGCAGCCUUCUCCGUGCAAACCAGAGACAGUACUCUGCCACUAAGCUACGAGAGAGAGAGAGAGAGAGAGACUUAAAAACAAACAAACAAAUCAGCACUCUCCAAGUUUGGGCAAAAUAAUGGGGGAGUUGUUUGCCCAGUGGGUUGCUGCUGGUGGUUUUGCCGCUGGCUGAUUCACUUCCUCCUGAGUUGUGGGUGUGGAAGGAGGAGGGGACAAAGCUUCUGCCCAGCCAAAAGGGAACAGGUGCGACAGCAGGUAGAAAGGAAGAUCAGGAAGAGAGUGGCCAAAGGUGCAUGGUGUCGGGAUGGUAACUCCCUUCUGGGGGAGCUGGGGAUUGUUUACAACCCUGGGGCCUGUUGGCUGAUGGCAUCUCGCAUGCUACGCCCAAGAGGAGGUUGGCUGCCCUUGCUGCUGGUGCUGCUGCUGCUGCUCCUUCAGCCAGGACAACACAGCAAAAAUAAAGAAUCCACAACUACUACAAAACCACCCACAACAACUGCAGAUCCAUGCAAAAACCCUGGGGAAGUCGGUGGACACUUUGUCAUUGUGUACUGUCGCUUGGAUAAUGCAAAUGUCGCAGAAAUUUUCAGAAGACCAGAGGUGAUGGACCAGGAUCCAGGCUGCGUCAACAGCACCAGCCUUCCCCCUCAAUGCCAACAGCUUGUGGAUAAAAACUGUUCCUCACUCGCUGACUGCCUUGUGUGCGAAGAGCCAUGCCCUGUGCAAAACCUCAUCCAAGGGGACCAGACCAACCAUUCUGUAACUCUUCACUGGCAAUACUCCAACGACUGCUGCUACAAGGAGCAUAGAGGCAGCGCUACAACAGUCCCGAAAGCCAGCCUCAGUUACUGCACAGCCAACAUCCCAAAACUGUCGCCUGGGCAGAGCUACAACAUGACAGUGUUCAGAAAACUGGAUGGACAGUGCAGCAAGGAAUCAUCCAUCACUGCCUUCACCUGCCCUUCACCUGUCCCAUACAUCAAUAUACAGAAUCGCACAGUGGACGCAUUGCAGGUUGAAUGGGCGCCACCCGAGGACCCUCAUGCCAGCCGCUAUAGAUACAAGGUCUGCUUGCCAGGGUGCCACAACGCCUCCGGAAACUUGCUUUGGGUGCGCAACCUGACACCAGGCGAGACGUACAGUGUUGAGGUCUUUGCCAUUUCUGCCAACAACGUCUCCAGCGCCAGGAGCACCAAACAGGCCACCACAGCUCCAAACGCUCCCAAGAAUAUACGUGUGUCGCACUGCGAGACCAACAGCAUCCCUGUUUCCUGGCAUCGACCCAAAGACCCCCAUGCCGCAAACUAUUCGUACUGGGUGAGCUGGCGCAGCGGAAAAGGCGCAAACCUGUCGGGGAACAUCUCGGUUGGAGUCGAUCGCCUCAGCUACAACAUCACACCUCUCCUGCCGGGGAUCCUGUACUUAGUGAAGCUGGCCUCGGAGGUCGUCGGGGUUAAGAGCAAAGAAGCCAGCAAAUGGGCUCUGACAUGCCCCUUGCCCCCUAGAGAUUUCAGGGUCCACAACAGCAGCCAGACAGCAAUUGAAUUAUCCUGGAAGAAGCCGAGCUCAGCUUUCAGCAACUUUCAGCUCCGGUGGAAGAACUUGAACGAGUCCAACGACAAAGUAAAGCGUCUUGGCGAUUCCACGGAGACGACUUUGAGAGGUCUCACUCCGAGCUCCAACUACACCUUCACUUUGCUGAGCGUAGCAGAAGGAGAAAACAAGACCGCAUACAGUGUCGGCGUUGUGCAAGAAGGGGCUACAAAGCCGGACCACGUGAAUAAUUUGAAGUGUGAUUCCUCAAUGUGGGGCGACCGUCUGCUAUUGUCCUGGACGUGCCCAGCCAGCAAGGUCAGUAAGUUGCAGGUCUGUCUGUCUGACCAGCUUGUCCGGGAAUGGACGAUCUGCGAAGAGGAGACGGAGAUUGACAACCUGCAACCCGCCUGGAGCUACUUGGUUCAAGUGCAGACGUUCUGGUAUGAGCAGGAGGCAGCGUCCGCCCAGAAGAUGUGCACCACCAGUAACACAGGGGUCAUCCUGGAAACUCUGCUCCCUGUGCUGCUUUUCUCAGCCCUCCUCAGCCUGCUGCUGUUCUAUUUCUGGAGGAAAAGGGCGAAGAAUGUCUUCGAGAAACAGAGAGCAGAUAUGGGAUUGCCUAGAGCCCUGGACUCCGUGCCUGUGUUGGCUUUCCCAGUUUACUGCCAUGAGCGCUUCUCCAACAGCGGCUUUGGUUUUGCCGAGGAAUACCAGCAGCUGCAGGACGUGGGGACAGGACAGCCCCAGAGCGUGGCAGAGAGGCCUGAAAAUCAAGCCAAGAAUCGCUACAGCAACGUUCUGCCGUAUGACCACUCGCGAGUUCAGCUCACCAUCAAAUCUGGAGACCCCAACUCAGAUUACAUCAAUGCAAGCUACAUGCCUGGCUUUGAGAGGGAAAAGGAGUUCAUAGCAGCCCAAGGCCCACUGCCUGGGACUCUGUACGACUUCUGGCGCAUGAUAUGGGAGCAGCAGAUCGUGACCAUGGUCAUGCUCACUAACUGCGCCGAGAACGGACGGGUGAAAUGUGAACGCUACUGGCCUCUGGACUACACACCCUGCACCUACGACAACAUCACGGUGUCCGUCAUCACAGAGACAAUCCUCCCCGACUGGACCAUCCGGGAUUUCACUAUCAAGCAGGUGAACCUAUCCGAGGUCCACCUUGCCAGGCAUUACCACUACACGUCGUGGCCGGACCAUGGGGUGCCCAAGAUCACAAGCACCAUCCUUCACUUCCGAGACCUCGUGAGGGCCCACAUAGAGGAGCACAGAGACGCUGGGCCAGCUCUGGUACACUGCAGCGCAGGCGUAGGCCGGACAGGGACGUUCAUCUCCCUGGACUCCCUACUGCGCCAAGCCCAGGUCACGGGUGAGCUCGGAGUCUUCUCCUUCGUUCGGAAGCUGAGGAUGAACCGUCCACUCAUGAUUCAGACUGAGUCCCAGUUCAUCUUCCUUCACCAAUGUCUCCUGGACGCCCUCCGGCCUCCUCCGCAGAGCGACAGUGAGAAGACAGAGCACACGGCAGUGUAUGAAAACACCUGGGCUCUGCAAGGCUACGAGGUGUCCCGGGUGUGACAGUCUGUCUUCUUUGGCCAUCAUCCCGGCAAGAGCCAAGGAGGCCCAUGUGCCCAAGGGGCGUGGAAACCACAGCAGACUUUGAGAUGUGCUUCCCUAGGGAGGGAGAGGCUGCUUCCUAGAGGAGACGCAAACUCACUUGCGAUCCCUUCCCCUGCCCCAGUUUUGACAUGAUUGUGCCAGCCAGCUGAGGAAGCGAUGAGGUGUGUGUGUGUGUGUGUCUCUCUCUCUCUCCCCACCCCCUUCUCUCUUUGUGGGUUGGAAGUUAAAUUGCACACAUUGUAUCUGUCGGGAACAUACGAAAUGGAAAUGUGGAGGACCCACCUUAGGACUGAGAAGCUGAGAGGAGCCUAAAUGGUCUUGCAGCGACCUGUCCUUUGGCUUUAUGGGUGAAAGGCAGGUACGAAAUUUUACAAAGAAAAUGAAAUAACCAAUCAGCACACAUAUAUCUGAGGAUACGACUGUAGUAGCUCUUCUGUAGCAGCUCUGGAGGCAAAUGGUAGCUUCAUGUGUGUGGGAGGGAGGUGAUUUUUGGUGGGGGAACGUAAUGGGGGACUGGGACAAGCCCCCCAUUUCCCCACUGCACCACUCUAACAGCCUAUCUCAGGCUUCCCAGGGUAAGGAGAAGUACAGGAGGAGAAUCGCACACACAGGAUUCAAAGAUGUGCUUAAUGUAACCCCUGGGUUGGCCAGGGGUUAAAGUGGGUGGGGGAGAGGAAAAGAAGAGGCAUCUAGCAAAUGAAAUUAGCAGGAUCUACCAUGAAGAAACUUAUAAUAAGCUUAAUCAAAAGCAGGGAAGCCUCCAGAAGUGUAGAGAGCAGACAUUGGGUGAUGAUUGGCAACCACUUGUCCUAACUAUAGGAAGGCAAACCCACUUAGCUCAGUUGUUUAGAGCGUGGCGCUGAUAAUGCCAAGGUUGCAGGUUCAAUCCCUGUAAGGGCCAGCUGCAUAUUCCUGCAUUGCAAUGGGGUUGGACUAGAUGAUCCUCAGGGGCCCUUCGAAUUCUAUUAUUCACCCCAAGAAGAAACAAAAUCAGCUUUGUCUAUAAGUCCGCAGCAUUGGACUUGAGAGCCAGUGUGGUGUAGGGGUUAGUGUGUCGGACUUGCGCUCCUUGGAGGAAAAGCGAAAGAUAAACACAAUAAAUAAAUGAAAGAUAAAAUUGACUAAACCACAAGCAGAUUAAGUGGCCCGCAUGUUUGUUGCAUAUUGACGAUAUGGUGAUGAGAUCCACUGUAGUGUUUACAGAAAGAAUCUUUGAUUCAGGAGCCUUUGGCUCAGCCAUGAAGCUCACUGGGCCUGCGCCAUCUCAUCCGCACUAUUUUAUCCAAGCUCCCAGGGUUGUUGUGAAGAUAUAUUGAGGAGGGGCGGGGGUGGAAUGCCACGCACAAAGUCCUGAGUUCCCUGGAGGAAAAGUAAUGAACAAAAGCGGAAGGGAUUGGAGAGGAUGAAAUUCUUUUCCUGUGUGCAAAAGAUUUCUUGUAUCAUCCCAGAGAGGUGAUUCUCAUUUGCCGCAGGAGUGCAGAUUCACACAAGCCCCACAACAGAAAUCCCCACAACAACCAGAGCCAAGAUGAGGAUUGCAACAGCUCACCCACAUGGUUUUCAAGGACAGGUCAUACAAAGGGGGUUGGUGCAAGUUCAGUAUGAAAAUCCUCAGUAGAUAAAACCUCCUCAUGGCUUCUGGUAUUCUAGAUGCCUAGUCUUCUCAAGCUCAUGUCUUGAAGCCCUGUCAGUUUCCCUCCAAUCAUUGUUUAUACAAAUUAGGGCUGUCGCCAAACCGAAGAAAUUUUACAAAUGGACACCCCACUGAUUGUAGACUUCGCUGGAGGUGUAGGAUUGCAGCCACAGCUGGAUCACUGUGUGCAUUUGGGUCAGCUAAUCAGUUGAUUAAAUCUACAUUGAUUUGCGUAUGAGUAAGCCAAUACCACCAGGGGGGGGGAGCAUAAUUCUGAUUUAUUUUGGGGUUUUAGAUGGUUUAUCUGAAUCUACUUAUGAAUCACUUCCCAUAAAAGAUCUCAAAACAAUUUCACAGCAAAAACA